AUGGCUUUCUCAAGCUCCGCGUUCCAGCAAGCCCUUCAUAAUGCCGCACCUCGCCUAUCUAAGCGGUUCUUCUCUUGCCAGGCGCAUACCCGAUCAUCCUCCCUUCGACAUGUCCUUCCAGUAGCACCAUUAUCCCGAAGCUACCGAUCUAAUUGCAGCACAAGACCAGCACAUGUCUUUCGACAGCACAUACAACGUCAGUUUCGAGGCUUCCGGUCAUCGGCGCACCAGCGACAAGCAGUCCAACAGAUCGAGCAAGUCCUCGAGAAGGAAAGCAGUACCAAUGCGGAUAUCCUCUCACAAUCUACCAAGAACAAGAGAUCCGGCUGGCCAGACUCCUCCUCUAAUACUGUCGCAUACUGGCUUCUUGCUUCCGCCGCCAGCGUUUUCGGCAUAGUCGUCUUCGGUGGUCUUACCCGACUCACUGAGUCCGGGCUCUCCAUCACAGAAUGGCGUCCUGUAACUGGCAGUCUCCCGCCUAUGAGCCAAUCGGACUGGGAAUCUGAAUAUGAGAAAUAUAGAAAGAGUCCUGAGUUUCUGGUAUUGAAUAGCAAGAUGACAUUGGAAGAGUUCAAGAGUAUUUAUUGGAUGGAAUGGAUUCACCGGAUAUGGGGACGGGUCGUGGGAGUCACGUUCCUGUUACCCGGGAUCUACUUUGUUGCAAGAGGCAGAGUGAGCAGGAAUAUGACAAAGAAGAUAACUGGGAUAGCGGGCUUGAUCGGGUUUCAGGGCUUUAUCGGCUGGUGGAUGGUAAAAAGUGGUCUGAAAGAUGAGUUUCUGGUACCUGGAGAGCGUGCUGGAAGAGAUGUGCCGAGGGUGAGUCAGUAUAGACUUGCGACACAUCUGGGCACAGCCUUUAUCGCAUACCUGAGCAUGUUAUGGUGUGGUCUGGAUAUCCUGCGAACAAAUCGACUAUUGAGGCAGAACGUGGACAAGAGUGCUAGCGACCUGUUUGCGCUACGACAUCCUGGACUUCGAAGCUUUAAGAUCGCAGUUGCAGCGUUACUGGGUCUGACAUUCACGACAGCCAUGAGCGGUGCCCUGGUCGCAGGGCUUGACGCAGGCUUAAUCUACAACGAAUUCCCAUACAUGGGUCUCGGCCUAACACCACCACGAUCUGAACUCUUCGACAAAUUUUACCUCCGCGAGCGCGACACAGAGAAAGAUCUUUGGUGGCGCAAUAUGCUCGAGAACCCUUCCCUCGUCCAACUUGACCACCGUAUCCUGGCGACCACGACCUUUACCGCUGUGCACGCUCUCUAUUUCUGGACAAAAUUCUCACCAGCAUUGAAGAGUAUGCUUCCACGCGCCGCCAUGAGAGGUGUCCACGGCGUCCUAGGCUUCGUCUGGCUACAAGUCAUUCUCGGCAUCUCUACACUGAUCUACAUGGUCCCAAUACCACUUGCGAGCGCUCAUCAAGCCGGCGCACUCGCACUGCUCAGCUACGUCACUGUUCUCGGAAGCAGGAUCUGGGUGCCUAAGGCUGCUGUGGAAAUCCUGAGGAGGCGUGCCGGUGCUGUUGGAACAAAGUACAACUUCCCUGCUGUGGAAAGGAUCAAGCCGAACUAUGGCGCUGCAGAAGGUGCGCCUGUGUUGCAAGCUAGUAUGGCGAGUGCGGUGGUCGCGGCGGCAGGAAGUUUGGCGGUUGCUGGAAAUGUGGAUAGGGCGAAGGUUGAGCAGCAGAGAAUGAAGCUUGGGAGGGAGCAGAUGGACUUUCUACAAUGGCAGGCGCGAAAAACGUUACACUCGAGUGUUGCUGAACACAACACCAGAGACGAAGAUGGCCAGCCUCCUCAGAAAAGGUUUCGAUCCAGUGCGGCGCCGAGAGGAACCAAGUUCUCCGUUGGAUACACUGAUCGAGCGCAGCAGCGCAUGAAUGAGCAGGAAGGGACUGGCGACGAUAAGCAAAAGCGCCUCGAGAACCUGGAAAAGAUGCUGAAAUUGCAGCAGAUCGACCAAGAGACCUUCGAGAACCUACGAGACGAGAUAGGUGUGGGUGGUGACACAUCGAGCACGCAUCUAGUGAAGGGAUUGGACUUCAAGCUGCUUGAGCGCGUGAGACGAGGCGAGGACGUGACCAAGACUACUGAAGCUUCCGCAAUAACCAAUUCGAACGAGACUGAGAUCGACGUCGAGGAAGAACUCGAAAGGGCGCUUGAGAAGGACGUUUCAGCUUCAGGAGAAGGUACACACGUGGAUCUUAACGAAGAAAUCGAGCAGAAUGAGCACAAUCAGGUGGGAGGUGAGUCAGCUCAGCCCUCCACGAUCAGCCGCGAUGAGAUCUUGCGCCAACUGAAAGAGAGACGCAAAAAUCCACAACCGCAGCUAGCAGCCCAGGUAGCACAACCCUCACUCGAUCAUUCCAGGUUCAAGAAGCUCGACCCUGUCAAGAAAUCAAACAAGCACAAGUUUACGGAAUCGGUCAAUGGUCGUAGACGUGAGGUGCUAGUCGUUACAAACAAGGACGGCACAACUAAGAGAAAGACAAGAUGGUUAGACCCUGCACCUAAAGCGCCCACUACAAGAAACGGGUCACAAGCAGAUGCCGGUCAAGCAUGGGGAGGAGAUCUUUCAGAGGAGCUGUUAGCGAGACAGAAAUUUGCAGCUGAGCAGGCGGCUAAGCAGGCCGAAGACGAUGAUGACGGUGACAUCUUCGGCGGUCUUACUGAGUACGAUCCUCUGGCCGGCAUAGACAGUGGAGAUGAAGAGAAUGAGAAAUCUGCGGCAAAGAACACAUCGAAAGACUCCAAUGAUACGCCAUCUGUGGUCACGGAAGCUACAGGGAGACCACUCCAGUCAACGGCUAAGCGCAACUACUUUGCUACUGCUGACGAUGCUGAAGAGUCCAACAAAGCUCCUACUCACGAUCCUGCCAUCCUUGCAGCUCUCAAACGUGCAGCGCAGAUUCGUCAGCAGGAGGAGAACGAGACUGAGGGCACUACAGAUCAGCAAGCUGACCAAGAAGACAGAACAGACGAAGCACGUCGAAAGGCCCUGCUUAAGAAGCUACAGCAUAAAUCAGGUCAGGACGAUAUUGACAUCGACAUGUCCUUUGGCGGCGAGAAUCGCUUCGACGAUGAAGAGGAUGAUCGAAAGCAGAAACUGAGUGAGUGGAAAGGUGCCGGGGUGGAUGACAACGACGAGGAAGGUGAGAGCAAAGGGGAUGGCAAGACCAAGAGAAAGAGAGGCGGAAAGAAGAAGAAAGGCGACAAGAACAGUUUCGCUGAUGUUAUGAGCGUGAUUGAAGGGAGGAAGAAGACUUGA